AUGGCUCACCUAAAGCGACUAGUAAAAUUGCACAUUAAAAAACAUUACCACAAAAAGUUCUGGAAGCUUGGCGUGGUCAUCUUUUUCUUUUUGGUCGUUUUGAUUUUAAUGCAACGAGAAGUAAGCGUUCAAUAUUCCAAGGAGGAAUCAAGGAUGGAGAGAAACUUGAAAAACAAGAACAAAAUGUUUGACUUCAUGCUCGAAGCCGUAAACAACAUCAAAGACGCAAUGCCAAAGAUGCAAAUAGGAGCGCCCGUCAAGCCGAGCAUCGAUAUCCCCCAGAGACCCUGUCUGCCGGGGUACUAUACAGCAGCCGAGCUGAAACCCGUUCUCGACCGCCCACCUCAGGAUUCCAAUGCACCUGGUGCUUCUGGCAAGCCUUUCAAGGUCACCCACCUCAGCCUGGAGGAGCAGAAGGAGAAAGAGCGUGGGGAGACGAAGCACUGCUUCAACGCCUUUGCCAGUGACAGGAUUUCUUUACACCGCGACCUUGGACCUGACACCCGACCGCCUGAAUGUAUUGAGCAGAAAUUUAAGCGCUGCCCUCCCCUGCCUACCACCAGCGUCAUAAUAGUCUUUCAUAACGAAGCGUGGUCCACGCUGCUCCGCACCGUCCACAGUGUGCUCUAUUCUUCGCCUGCAAUACUGCUGAAGGAGAUCAUUCUGGUGGACGACGCCAGCGUAGACGACUACUUACAUGAAAAACUAGAGGAAUAUAUCAAACAGUUUUCUAUAGUGAAAAUCGUCAGACAACGAGAAAGAAAAGGUCUCAUCACUGCUCGGUUGCUGGGGGCAACAGUAGCAACUGCGGAGACGCUCACGUUUCUGGAUGCUCACUGUGAGUGCUUCUAUGGUUGGUUGGAGCCUCUGCUGGCCAGAAUAGCCGAGAACUACACGGCCGUGGUGAGUCCAGACAUUGCAUCCAUAGAUCUAAACACAUUUGAGUUCAACAAGCCUUCUCCAUAUGGAAGCAACCAUAACCGUGGAAACUUUGACUGGAGCCUCUCCUUUGGCUGGGAAUCGCUUCCUGAUCAUGAGAAGCAAAGGAGGAAGGAUGAAACCUACCCAAUCAAGACCCCCACCUUCGCAGGAGGCCUAUUUUCUAUAUCUAAAGAAUAUUUUGAGCAUAUUGGAAGUUACGAUGAAGAAAUGGAAAUCUGGGGAGGUGAAAAUAUAGAAAUGUCAUUCAGAGUGUGGCAAUGUGGUGGGCAGUUGGAGAUUAUGCCUUGCUCUGUUGUUGGACAUGUUUUUCGCAGCAAAAGCCCUCAUACCUUCCCAAAAGGCACGCAGGUGAUUGCUCGCAACCAAGUUCGCCUUGCAGAAGUCUGGAUGGAUGAAUACAAGGAAAUAUUUUAUAGGAGAAACACAGAUGCAGCAAAAAUCGUUAAGCAAAAAUCAUUUGGUGAUCUUUCAAAAAGAUUUGAGAUAAAGAAACGCCUUCAGUGUAAAAAUUUUACAUGGUACCUGAAUACCGUUUACCCAGAAGUGUAUGUACCAGACCUUAAUCCUGUUAUAUCUGGAUAUAUUAAGAGUGUUGGUCAACCUCUGUGUCUGGAUGUUGGUGAAAAUAACCAGGGAGGCAAACCGUUGAUUCUGUACACAUGCCAUGGACUCGGCGGAAACCAGUACUUUGAGUACUCCGCUCAGCGUGAAAUCCGGCACAACAUCCAGAAGGAAUUAUGUCUUCAUGCUACUCAGGGGGUCGUCCAGCUGAAGGCUUGUGUCUAUAAAGGUCACAGGACAAUCGCCACCGGAGAACAGAUAUGGGAGAUUCAGAAGGACCAACUUCUGUAUAAUCCAUUGUUUAAGAUGUGCCUUUCAGCAAAUGGAGAGCAUCCAAACUUAGUGCCAUGCAACCCAACAGACCUACUCCAAAAAUGGAUUUUUAGCCAAAAUGAUUAAGUGUUCCUUAAAGCUAAGGAGUUGAAAAGGACAUAUUCUUCCUCAUAAAACUGUGACGAGGCGUACACUGUAGUUGUUGAAAAUUAUGCAAAAGCAGCUAAUUGUAACUUAUUCCAAGUGCAUUUUCCUUAUUUAUGUCUUAAGAUGUCUAUGUAGUUCCGCGGCAGAGACCCUGUGGGUUUCUGUCUGAAGCUCAGCACCUAGAAAUACCAAAGACGAUUCUGAAAUGUCCAGAUGUAGAAGAGAGAUGUUUACAAAGACAAUAAUUUUCCUAGAAAAGUGGCCUGUGCUUGUACCCUUGGGGGUAUGCACAGCUACAUCCGCACAUUCGCCACUUAGAAUAUUUCCCCCAGCUGUAGGGGAACUGGAAAAAGAUUUGAUACUGUAUUUUUAUAGCUAUGUAGAAAUCGAUCAAUGAAGGUCAGUCAUUGGCCUUUCUGUACAAACCAGGAAAUUUUUACAGAUCUAGAAUUUAUUGUUCUAAAAUCCAGGUAAACUUUUUUGUUGUCUUCGUUUACUUGUCUGUCACAUAUUUCCAUAAACAUGAAGUUGAAUAAGGAGAGGACUAUUUUUAACACUUCAAUUUUUGGAAAAUUUACAGAUAUUUUUUAGUCUGAAGCCCACUCCACUUGAUGCACGGGAGUCUUCCCCAAAUGGCUUUUUUGAAGCGGCUACACUGUGUGUUUUCCCAGAGCACUUUUUAAAAAAACAAAUUUAUAAAUUAUUAGCUGUUACUACAGGGUUUCCUUCUUCCUUUCUAGUAGUCUUAUUUUCUUAGCUAAAUUCACUAAUCCUGAAUAUUUAUAAUGCUGAAUUUCAAAUGCAGUAUACUUGACUCAAUUCUAAAUGUCGUUGUUGAUUCAUUAUAGAGAGUGUAUUUGCAAUGGA